AUGGACACCCUCCAUCUCCCGACGCUCCUCGCUGCCGCCCUUCUCUUCUCCUCGUCCUUGGCGCUGACCUUCGACGAGGAGGCCACCACUGCCCGUCGCCAGGAGCUCUCCUUCGAGCACAACCACCACCCGACCGACCACGUGCACAUCGACAUCGACAUCGACAUCAAGAUCCAAAACCCGCGCCUCCUCACGGCGCACAAGGCGCUGCAUGCGCUCAAGGACGCGCUCUACUCCGACCCGAACAACUUCACCGGCGACUGGGUCGGCCCCGACGUGUGCGCCUACAACGGCGUGUUCUGCGUCCCGUCGCUGCACAACGCAUCGGAGAGCGCCGUCGCGACGCUCGACAUGAACGCCGCCGACGUCGCGGGAUACCUUCCCAAGGAGAUCGGGCUCCUCAAGGACCUCGCCGUGCUCCACCUCAACUCCAACCGGUUCUGCGGGGUCAUCCCGGAGGAAAUCAGGGACAUGGCUGAGCUCUACGAGUUCGACGCAAGCAACAACCGCUUCGUCGGGCCGUUCCCCGCGGCGUUGCUCGACGUCCCCAAGCUCAGCUACCUCGACAUCCGGUUCAACGACUUCGACGGCCCGAUCCCGCCGGAGCUCUUCCAGAGGCCCUACGACGCCAUCUUCCUGAACAACAACCGGUUCACCUCCGGCAUCCCUGAGACCAUUGGCAAGUCGAAGGCGACGGUGAUCGUCCUCGCCAACAACGAGCUCGGCGGGUGCAUCCCCCGUAGCAUCGGCGAGGCCCUGGAGACGCUCGAGCAAUUCGUUUUCACCAACAACAGCCUCACCGGCUGCCUGCCGGUCGAGGCGGCGCACCUGAUGAAUGCGGCCGUGUUCGACGUCAGCGGCAACGCGCUCACGGGCUCGAUCCCGCCGGCGCUGGCCGGGCUCUACAAGGUCGAGCAGCUGGACCUGUCGAGCAACAUGUUCACCGGGGAUGUGCCUGGGGACGUCUGCCAGCUGCCGGGGCUGGCGAACCUGUCGGUCUCGUACAACUUCUUGACGCGCGAGGCCGCCGAGUGCGGCGCGCUGGACGGGAACAUGGGCAGGUCCUUCCAUGACGAGGCAAACUGCAUGGGGCAAUCGAGGCCCAUGCAGAGGACCGCAGAUGAGUGCCAGCCGGUCGUGAGCAACCCUGUGGACUGCACCAAGGUCGAACCGUUUUUUGACCAGAGUCAACCGCUGUGGAUAAAGUUCUGA